AUGGAGGUUAAUAGACUUUUGGAUGAUGAACUCAGUUAUGAGUUAUCAAUAAGAAGUUUACCAAUUGAUGCAAAUGUACACACGAAAAGGGCUACGUUGAGAGAAGCUCUUAAAGCAGAAAGAGAGGGACAAAGAGAUUCUCCUAAGGUGGUUAAUAUAGACCCAUCUUUUGAGUUUUCGUUGUGCUCAGGGAAACUUAGCGAUCUGGAAGAAGGUAUAGAACAUUUUAAUGAACAGAACAGAACUAAUGAAUUUAAAAGAAUUAGUUCUCGUCUAACACAUGUUAAACUUAGACUUAACAGACUUCAAUGCAACGAAAAACAGGAAGCUCAAAGGAAUCAACUAUUAGAUUGGCACAAACGGUUACUAUUAGAAGUCAACAGGAUUUAUGAGAGCUUUGGGAAAGAUAAUCAAGUAGAGCACAUCUCACUUUUGGAUACUUCAGUUCCAUUGUUGCCUGAAAUUGUUCAUUCCGGGUCUCAUGAAUGUGGUUUGGUAAAUUCAGAAUCCUUAGCUGAAGAGCAUCCUAUUGAAGCUGCACUGUUUGGAGCUACUAAUAGUUCACCAACUGCAGGCAAUAGAGUUUCAUUCUUAAGGCAGGUUUUUGAAGAAAAUCAACAUGAUAGCACGAUACAACCACAAGUACAUUCUCAAAGACGUUCUAGUUCUCAGAUGGUUUUAAGCAGAAUGUCAGAUGGGAAUCAAGAGUAUAUGUCCAGUGUUAUAAAUAGACCACUUAAUUCAAGUAGAGAAAUGAAUUCUUCUGAAAAUCACAAUAGGCAUACGGAACCACAAACUGAUACAAGAUUAUCAAGGCACAAUUUUAAUAAUGGAAGUAGUGCAACAGUACCUACAAGGGAGAUUGAUAAUACUUUAGCUCGACAUUUUAAUCUGGAAACACCUUCAUCUAACUUCAACAGUAAAAUAAUGGAUUCGCUAGAUUUCUUAAAGCAUGAUGUUCAGAACGUUGAUAUAAGUAGAUGGAGAUUACAAUAUGAUGGAAUCUCGAGCGUUACUAGUUUUCUAGAAAGAGUGGAGGAACUCAGAGUUUCAAGGGGAGUAUCUAAAGAGAGACUACUUCGUUCGGCUCCAGAACUUUUUACCAAAGACGCCUUACUCUGGUACAGAAUGGGAAAUUUUACAUCGUGGGAUAAUCUGGUCCAGGAACUUAGGUCUGCUUUCCAGCCCCAUGACUAUGAGAAUUCCUUAUGGGAGGAAAUCCGAAGAAGAACACAGGGCUCACAGGAACGAGUUAUAAACUAUAUUUCAGUCAUGGAAAAUCUAUUCAAGAAACUAUUGAUCCCCCCUAACGAAGAAGAAAGACUGAAUAUCAUUCGUAGGAAUAUGCUUCCUUAUAUUCAGCAGGGCUUGGCUUUAACAAAAAUUAGCAACAUCAGUGAUCUUUGUUCAUUAGCCAAGGCUAUGGAAGCAAUGGAAACAAGGAUUCGACAAUUUUGCCCUCCUCCUUCAAGCACCAGACUUUUGGUAGAACCUGAAUUAGCUUAUAGAAAGCCGUCAACUCCUAUUUUUACGAGUCCGGUUACAACACCUGUGUUUACAGAAGAAGUUGCAAAUAGCGAUAAAUCUGAACAUUUGAAUAAGGCCCAUGCUGAAGGUUAUCAACGACCAUACUUGAGUGUCUCAAUUCUUGGAAAGGAUAUACUUGGAUUAUUGGAUAGUGGAGCAUCACGAACCAUUCUUGGAAAAUCUGGUUGGGAUGUGUUUAAAGACAUUUGCCCAUUAAAUGAAGAUAACAAGAAAUCAUGUAUAGUUGCUUCAGGUGAUUCAUGUGAAAGUAUAAGAUCUAUUACUGUACCAGUACGACAACUCAUCGCACCGAAUAUAGCACAGAAACAUUAUUUAGCGAAUGGAGCGGAAUACGAAUCAAAAAGGGACAUUGAGCACUGCUAUUAUCACGGGACCGUUCAGGACUAUCCAGGAGCGACAGCUGCCUUUCACACUUGCAAUGGUGUCAGCGGGGUUAUACACGUGGGGAACGAAACUUUUGUUAUUCACCCUUUUUAUGGAGGAGAUCUCUCGAAACAUCCUCACGUGAUCUUCGAAGCCCGCACAAAGGCGAGCAAAGGGUGCGCGAACUCUGGAAGUAUGGAAUGGAGGGUAAAUCCGCACUCUGGAUUUUUUCCUCAUAGUUUAAGAGCAAAACGAGACGUUCGUGAAGCAACAAAAUAUAUCGAAACUGCGUUGGUCAUCGAUAAAGCAAUGUUCGAUAAGAGAAACGGAAGCACCAGAAGUGAUGUCGUGCACGAUUCCAUCCAAGUGGCUAAUAUUGCUGACCUUUAUUUUAGGACGUUAAAUACCAGGGUAUCUGUAGUUUACGUGGAAACAUGGCAGGGAGCAAAUCAGGCAAUAAUUAAUCCAAACGAAGACAUCGGAAAAGCUUUAUCUAAUUUUAACGAUUACUCAGCCCGAAAACUGUUCAAAGUAGACAAAGACACCACCCAGCUACUCACUGGUGAAGUUUUUGUUGGCGGUGAAGCUGGUAUGGCAGUACCUGCGACUGUUUGUACUUCUAAGUCGGUGGGAAUCAGCGUAGACAUCAACACGUAUGAACCGCAUUUGCUAGCUGGAACAAUGGCACAUAUGAUAGGACAUAACAUCGGAAUGGGCCACGACGAUGGUAGGGAGGAAUGUUCGUGCAGAGAUUGGCACGGCUGUAUAAUGGCGCAAGCCAUCGUUGGUCAGGACAACGUCCAACCGUACAAAUUUUCAGAAUGCAGCAAAGAAGACUAUAUUGAUAGGUUAAGGACUGGAAACGGAAUAUGCCUUUUAAAUAAACCAAACGAGCUUGCGGAUCGCCGAACUUGCGGUAACAACAUAGUAGAAGACGGAGAAGAAUGCGACUGCGGAAGCAUCGAAAACUGCCACAAAAACAAUCCUUGUUGUGAUCCAAUCACUUGUAAACUGACCAAAGAGGCGCAAUGUGCCGAUGGUGUCUGCUGUGAAGACUGUCAAUUAAAAGAAAGGGGUAUGGUGUGUCGAGAAGCUACGAACGAAUGCGACUUACCCGAGCAAUGUACUGGCUUAUCGGGGGAAUGUCCAGUAGAUAUGUAUAAGAAGAAUGGGAGUCCUUGCGAAAGUAAUACGGGUCAAUGUUUCAAUGGGUUGUGUCCAACUUUAAGUGUGCAAUGCGAGCAUAUAUGGGGAUUAGGUGGAAUUGAAGCGGACUCACAGUGCUUUGAACAAUUCAAUUCAAAGGGAUCAAUCAAUGGCCAUUGCGGAAGUGACAGUAAUGGCAGAUUUGUUAAGUGUUCGUUAGAUAACGUGAAAUGCGGCUCGUUACAAUGUCAGUUGGGAAACAGAUAUCCAGUAGUAGAAGGAUUGGACCAACCGCAAGAUCACUCUAGGACUAUCAUAUCUAUCAAAGGUCAUGAAUACGAAUGCAAGACAACGGCUGGACGAAAGGACGUAAAUAAUCCGAAGACUUCCGAUUUAACGUAUUUGGGACUAGUCAGAGAUGGUACACCGUGUGGGGAAAACCUCAUUUGCCUUAACCAGACCUGCACUAGUAUAUUUCCUUACGUGAAACUAGAAAAAUGUCCUUCGAACCAACCCAUUAACGAGUGCUCUGGACAUGGGGUUUGCACCAACCAAAAUAAGUGCUACUGUGAUUCCGGUUGGACCGGCACUGAUUGCUCAAUUCAAGCAGAAAUGACUGAAACACCGCACGCUACAACCACUCCUGACCUACAACCUACAAAUCUUCAAGACCAAAUGCAAAAGAAAGAGACCCCCUACGAGGACUAUCACGGCUCGAACACGAUCUUUCUCGUAAGCACGCUCAUGUCGGUGGUAGGGGGUGUGUUCGUUGUAUUUGCUACAAUGGCCCUUUGCUACAGGUCAGUCGUAGUACACAAAAACUUCUCGCUCUGUCUAAGGAAGACAACCGUUAGUAAAUAUGAAAAAGCGUACAAGCAGCCCAUACCGAAAAACUACGUACUGGCAGGCAACCAUUCCCAGCAAGACUGUUUAGAAAAUACCGCUAAGCUCCUAACGUUAGGUCCUGGAAGUGUGACGUCCUUUGGUCGGGCUGAUUCGCAGAGAGUUCUGUUUCGUCCUUCAAACCACAUGGGAGCCGGAGGAGCUGCACAUUUCCAGGACCAUAAAAUGCAACAGUUAAAAAGAAUGGGUGUUGGAUCAUCCGGUGAAGAAGAUCAAGGACAUUCUGGCGAGGAAGAAAAUCUGUCCUUUAUAGACCUUCAGCACAAUAGUUUGAAGCUGCCGGAGAAGAAAGGAAUUCUGAAAAAGCACGAUUAUGGCAUAUUGAUGAUGGGGGAUGGUAAGGAGAAUUGGGUCAGCAGUGGUCCCAACGACGAGAUUAUAAGCCAAGUAGAUAUGUCCCAACUGGUAAGUGGACCUGGAGCGACGGAAGUGGAGAGGACGCUGAAGACACUCAACGGGUACCACGAGGACAUUAUAAAGGCGUUACGGAACGCUGCUUCCUCUCACAGGGGUACAUCAACUCCUAGUGGUAGCACAAGUGCAUUAAGUGAAGAAUUACUUAGGAGAAGCCUGGCACAAUGUGCAGAAAGUUACUCAGAUUAUAAAAGAAGUGGAAGUAAAGAAGACGUUUGUGAGCAGCAGGUGGUGAUAGAACACGAAGAAGAAGAAGACGACGAAGUCCCUCCUUGCGGCCCGAUCCGCAUUAGAAAUCUUGAAGAUUUGAUUCGGCAACUCGAGCAUCACUCGCGUCACAUGAGCCCGAGCGGUUCCGAAGAUAUUCGAAUGUCUGAAACCGAAGCCGACCGACAUUAUCGUCAAGAAUCCUCCUCGGCUUGCAGCGAGAGUUCGCAUCAAUCACAUAGGGAUUCCCGCUUCGUUUAUGGCCGGUAUAGGCAGCCAUCGAGUAGGCUACCUUACCCUCACCCCCAUAGUCAUCACCAAGUCGAGGAGGAAAGUAUAUACGAAACUGCAGACCACGAAAGAGGUGCACCAUGUGGUGAUACUCCUGAUAGUGAAAGUGAUGAAUUUAUUCAAGCUCAGCAGCAGCUAGCCCGGUGGGCGAGUGAGGACACGAUGGGGGGUCAGCCAGGCCCCAGCGGCGGUUCCGUAAACGUAGGCAGUGCCGUUCCUCGAGAGUACUACCCUUCGCCGAGCAGUUCGACGAGCGAAGAACCGCCGAGCAUUGCCAGGGCGCCGGCACCGACGCCCGGAAGCCACGUCCCCCACCCCGAUCACGCGACCAUCCACAGGCCGAAGAGAUACCCCGAAUACAAACACUGAUAGUGACUCCCGAGCGCCUACGAGGCGCUAUUCUCGCGUAGGCCCGAUCUUGACUUAGCCACGUAUACGCCCGCGAGGUAUAUUGACCACCGGCCGAAUCUAUCGUUAUCGAGACGAAUGGGCGCUCAAUUUGCGGACACUAUCAUUUAGCCACAGCACGCUAUAUAAAGUGCUGACCUGAGUGCAGUCGAUGCGAGACCGGCGAGUUACACACAAUAGAAUUAGGCCGGUUACACACUAUCAGGCACACCUGACAGGUCUUACUCUUUAGGUGUACCUGAUAGUAAGUGGCCGGACUAAGCACUGUCUGGAAACUUCGCAGCGCUACUUCCCGAUACGAGUCAGAUUUGUUGAAUAAAAACUACCUAGGUAUAUUUAACAUAGACUAACUAGAAGUAAAUCUCAUCUGACAAGAUUAGAUUUACUCACAUGGCUCGUGAUGGGAAGGAUGCUGCUAUUACAUUCUAAACAUGCUAAACUAUGUGUUGGAAUCUUAAUGUCGUUAUCUGUACAUUUAUUAUUUCCAAAAAACACCCUUAUGUAUUUUUUCUACCAAUUUCUAUGGUUGCUUUAUUUAAAGAAAAUAGCAGCUAAC